ACUCCGUCAGAAACAUGGGCGCAGUCCGAAAAAUUGGUGUGCGAAUUUUUAUCUCAUCAUCUUAAGUUUGAGGUCCCCGAGAAUAUGGUAUGUAGAGCCCACCGACUUGGCUCGUAUACUGCUAAUAAGACUCGCCCGAUUAUAAUGAAAUUUUCUUGCUCAAAACUAAAGGAUAAAAUUCUGGCACUAAAAUCUAAUCUGAAAUCCACCGGGGUAUCUGUGGGCGAAGAUUUCUGCCGAGCAACGCGCCAGUCUAGGAAAAAGCUGCUUGAUUUUGCUAAGGCAUCAGGACAGACAUACUCAAUACGGCUAAAUAAGUUGUUUUUGAACAAGAAGUGCUACGUUUACUGUUCUACCACUGACAAUGUAUGCGAAGUCAACAUGCCACGUGCAGCACGCUCUUCUGUUCGGUCGCGUCAAGCUAUCGAAGGAAAUGGUUCGACAUAGCUAGCACAUGCGCAAUCUAAUAACACCAUAUCUGUUUUUUUCACUAACGUGCGAAGUCUACUAAAUAAACGUGCUGCGGUGUCCUCACUGAUUGAUUCAUGCGCUGUUGACAUAGUAUGUCUCACUGAAACAUGGCUCUCUGCUCGGAUAAAAAAUAGCGAAAUUUUUGAUUGUGAAAAACUGUAUUCAUGUUAUCGCUGCGAUCGUGGUGUGCGAUCAGGUGGAGGUGUCUUGAUUGCAGUAUCUGAAACGCUCACUUCAAGCUCAGUUUCCAUAGAAACACCACUUGAACUUGUUUGCGUGCGCGUUGUACUCGACAACAGAGAUGUUAUAUUUUGCACAUGCUAUCGCCCUCCUACUGCUUCGACAUCAUUUUGCGAUCACCUUCACGACGCAUUGAACAAAUUAGUUGUCAGAUACCCUAACGCUCCCCUUUUUCUUCUUGGUGACUUUAACUUUCCCGAUAUCAUUUGGCGUAACGACAUGGCAACGUCCCAGUCUUCUCAGAGUACCCAGUUCAUAAACACUUGUUUGGAUUUCCACUUCACCCAGCUUGUACUGAAACCAACGCGCGUGUCUGCCUCUUCAUCUAACAUACUAGAUCUGAUUCUCACUACGAACCCUGACACAGUUUCCCCAAUUAUUUACAUAAAAGGCUUAAGUGAUCACCUUGCACUCACUUUUCAUAUCAACGCACGGGCUCCUGUUAAGAAAACUACGAAGGUGAUCCGCGAUUACAGCAAAGCCGACUUGGCUUCCAUUAGCGCUGAAAUGGAAAAUUUCGCAGCUUCUUACAUCGCUAAUUGCGAUCAGCGCUGUGUUGAAGAAAACUGGUGCAUUUUCAAAAAUAAAUUGUUGUCAUUAAUCGAACGUUUCGUACCGCAAAGAACAGUCGCUUGCAAGCCACGGUCCCCUUGGUUCAACCCCUUUUUGAAGCGACUACGUAACAAAAAAAAGCGGUUGUUUCGUCGCGCAAAAGCUUCAUGCAGUGACGCUGCUUGGUCCGCUUACUACCUCACUGAAAAUGACUACAACACAGCCUCCGCUAGUGCGAAACAGCAUUUUUAUUCUGUUACCCUUCCGUCCAUCUUGCAAACUAAUCCUCGUAAAUUCUGGACCAUAGUUAACGGUACACCAAGCAAAAUAAUCCAAUUAACAUACCCAAAUGAUCAACCUGUUGCUCCUGAAGAAUGCUGUAAUGUAUUUAAUGAUGUGUUCUCUUCACAUGUUACCACAAUGCCACGUGGAUUACCGCUUGUAUCCAAUUCUGGUUUUUCGCCCAUGGAUCCAAUCUCUAUUGACUGGGUUGGUGUUAGCUGCCUAAUUAACAAUCACAAAACGUCCUCCUCUGCCGGCCCAGACUGCCUGAACUCAAAAAUUUUGAAGUGUACUAAUGUAUUUUCUGCUGUUAUUUUGUCGCACAUUUUCACUCAGUCAUUACAGCAGUCUGUUCUUCCACACGACUGGUGCGUGGGAAAGGUGAUUCCAGUUCAUAAAUCAGGACGAGCACGGACUGGAAUCGCCUUCCCGCCUCAAUCGCACUCAUCACCGACCCUACUAACUUCAAGACCGCCGUUCAAAAUGCCUUUUGUUAGUAUUUUUGUUAAUACUUUUUUGUUUGUAUUUUUUACUGCAUUACUUCUUGUUUUGACUCCACUCCUUUCUGUAACGCCUUCGGGCCUUGAAAGUACGUGAAAUAAAUA